UUAGUUUAUCAGAACCUCACUAAAUAUCUGAAUUAAAGUUUUACUUAUGUUUAUAAAGUAUACUGUUAUAUUGUAAAAUAUAUUGUUAUAUUGAAGAAAUAGGUAUAUAUCUGUAUAAACCGUACUAUUAAGCAAGCGCAAGUGCGCAAGAGUGAGUGAGACUUGAGAGUGUGACAAUCCUUUUGGUAUAUAUGUUCUGUGGUGACAAUGGCAGAAAAUCAAAUUCUCCGAUGUGGAUGGUUAAAUAAAGACCCGUUAUACAUAAAAUAUCAUGAUGAAGAGUGGGGCAAACCGCAAUAUAAUAACGGCGCUUUAUUUGAAAUGUUGUGUUUAGAAGGCCAACAAGCAGGACUGUCAUGGUUAACGAUAUUAAAGAAGAGGGAAAACUAUCGAAAGAUAUUUUUUAACUUUGAUCCUCACAAAAUAUCAAAGUUAACAGAAAAGAAUGUAAAAUUAAUUUUAAAUGAAUCCGGAGUUGUAAGGCAUAAAGGAAAAAUUGAUUCAAUAAUAAACAAUGCUAAAUGUUACUUACAAAUGGAAAACGAAGGUGAAGAUUUUUCCACUUUUAUUUGGAGUUUUGUCAAUAAAAAACCAAUUAUCAACUCUUGGAAAAAAUACACAGAUAUUCCUCCCGAAACACCAGAAUCUGCAGCCUUAUCAAAAGCUUUGAAAAAAAGAGGUUUUAAGUUUGUGGGCUCCAAAAUUUGUUACGCUUUCAUGCAAGCAUGUGGUCUUGUCAAUGAUCAUGUUGUUAACUGUGUGUGUUAUAAUACUUACAAAUAAUAACCCUACAAUCCUACCUCAGAUACAAAGAACUCUAGCCGUUUCCUGACGAAUCAUAUUGACGUCCUUGUUUGUAAGUUUGUUUGAAUGUUUAUUACAGGUGCUCGAUAGGGUAUAUAUUAUGUUCUGUGGGAUAUUGUUUUGAAAUAAAUAAACCUAUUUAAAUACUAAUAAUCAAUCAGUGUUACCAACUCUCAAAAAUAGUUAGUUAUCUCUAAACCUAAGUCAAGACCUCCUAAAAUUGCUUUAAUAAAAUUUAUUAUAAAUUUCCCCAUAAAAUGUAUAUCUAACCAAUAUCCUUAAUUCAUAAUAAAUUAAUAAU